AUGGGUUUUCUGUCUUCAGGAUCAGUCUUGCUUUCUUACCUUGUGCUGUUUCUUGCUAAAGAAUCUUUGUCACAUCCAUUAUGUAAUGAUUUGACUGCACCGUUUAAUCUGAAGCAACCACUCGCUUUUUGUCAAUUCAAUGGAAGUGUAUGCUGUAACUCCAAGGAGGACUUGGAGUUGCAGAGACAGUUUCAAGUAAUCAAUGUAUCUAAGAACUGUUCUCCGCUUCUCAAAUCGUUACUUUGCUCGAAGUGUGAUCCUUUCGCAGCAGAGCUUUUCCGUGUUGAGUCAGUAUCUAGACAAGUUCCUGCGCUCUGCAACUCCACAGUUUCUUCUAAUAAGUCAACACAAUCGCUAGCCGAAACUGAUUUCUGCGACAGAUUUUGGAACGAAUGUCAGAAUCUCUCUGUAACCAACACUCCUUUUGCAUCUCAAGCUGGAGAUGGAGGCAGCAGUAGUAAUGUCAACUCCACAAUCUCUAAAAUAUGGAAAUCAAGCAAUGACUUCUGCAAGGUCUUUGGUGGAGCUUCAGAAGAAUCCUCUGUGUGCUUCAAUGGCCAGGCGGUCUCCUUUAACGUUUCAAAAGUUACCGGUCCAUCUCCUUCAGGCAUAUGCCUUGAGAAGCUUGCUAAUGGUUCUUAUCUUAACAUGGUACCACAUCCCGAUGGUUCUAACCGCGUGUUUCUGUCUGAUCAAGCCGGGAAAAUAUACUCGGUGAGUAUUCCACCUGAAGGAUCUGGAGAAAUCUUGAAGAUAGACGAAACUAACCUGUUUCUUGAUAUUACUCAAGAAGUGCACUUUGAUGCUGAGCUUGGACUGCUAGGAUUAGCUUUCCAUCCAAACUUCUUGAAAAACGGUAGAUUCUUUGUUUCUUUCAACUGCGAUAAACUUAAGUGGCCAGAAUGUGCUGGCAGAUGCGCGUGCAACUCAGAUGUUGACUGUGACCCUGCAAAGCUAGAUUCUGAUAGUGGAGCAAGCCCAUGUCAAUACCAUAGUGUCAUCUCAGAGUUCUUCUCUAAUGGGACUUAUGUUAAACCGGUGGAGGUAAGACGAAUCUUUACAAUGGGUCUUCCUUUUACAACGCAUCACGGUGGACAAAUCUUGUUCGGACCAAAAGAUGGGUACUUGUAUUUCAUGAUGGGUGAUGGUGGAAGCAAAGGAGAUCCACACAACUUUGCACAGAACAAGAAAUCAUUGCUGGGGAAGAUCAUGAGAUUCGAUGUGAAUAAUGCUCCAGAUGCAAAAGCGAUUAGCGAGUUACAUCUAUGGGGAAACUAUUCUAUACCAAAGGACAAUCCGUUUUCUCAAGAUAAGAAUCUGCUUCCUGAAAUAUGGGCCAUGGGAGUCAGAAAUCCAUGGCGUUGUAGUUUUGACUCACAUAGGCCUUCUUAUUUCCUGUGUGCCGAUGUUGGAGAGGACAAUUAUGAAGAAGUGGAUAUGAUCACUAAAGGAGGAAACUAUGGUUGGCAUUACUACGAGGGACCUUUACCGUUUAAGCCCUCUAAACUCAGCAACUCAUCAACAAAGAUUGAAAAUCCGAUCUUCCCGGUUAUGUGGUACAAUCAUUCAGAAAUAAACCAGAAAGAAAGAUCUGCAUCAAUAACCGGAGGAUACUUUUAUCGUUCCUCUACUGAUCCGUGCUUGUAUGGAACGUAUCUCUUUGCAGACUUAUACGCCGGAGUUAUUUUCGGUGGAGUAGAAACUCCGGUAGGUAGUGGAGACUUCACGAGCUCUCGUAUUCCCAUACAAUGUGCCUCGGAUUCGCCAAUCUUUUGCUCAUCUGAAACAGAGCCUUCCUCUUCAUUUCCACCUCUUGGCUUUGUGUUCUCCUUUGGAGAAGACAACAAGAAGGACAUCUACUUACUUGCAAGCAAUGGUCUGUACAGAAUCGCUCGCCCGAGCCGUUGUAGCUUCCAUUGCCCUCUUGAAACUAUAACGUCCGUAGCUCCUUCACAACAGCCUGAUCGUUCUCCGCCGUCUCCAUCAUCGUCUAAACGAGUACACGACAUUAGUACUCUUGUUAAAAUUUUCGUAGCUUGGUUUUUUCUUUUGCUUGUUGUAUAG